AUGGCGUUGCGCAGGUGGCUGGGCUGCAAGUGGGCGGUGGCCGUGUCGCUGGUGGCGUACAUGCCGUACAUCGCGGCGCACUUCCACGCCGGCUGGGCCACGCUCAUCCCGGCGGCGGCGGUGGUGGGGCUGGGCGGCGGGCCGCUGUGGUGCGCCAAGUGCACCUACCUCACCGUGGUGGCGCGCUCCUUCUCGCAGAGCAGCGGCGAGACGUCCGACGUGGUCAUCGUGCGCUUCAUGGGCAUCUUCUUCAUGAUCUUCCAGUUCGCGCAGCUUCAAAUCAAUAACCAAGCGCUCGCUCAUGUGGCAGUGUUCUCGACCGGCGAGGAGGCGGACAACAAGCUGACGGGCGACCUGGGCGACGUGUGCGGCGCCAACUACUACGCGCCCGACGCCACGGCGCCAAACGCCACCAACGCGUCGCCGCCGUCCGCCGCCGAGAUCAACACCGUGGCCGGCAUCUACCUCGGCUGCAUGGUGCUUGCCGUGCUCAUCGUCGCCCUCGGCGUGGACUCCCUCAGCAGUGCUAAUGUUGUUGAAGUGAAUCGCUGCUCCCGCAGGUACAACGAGGACGAUCGCGAGGGCUCUGGCUCGGGGCUGAGCGGCGUGCGUCUGCUGGCCGCGUUCGUGUCGUGCGCGUGGGGCAUCUCCAACAUCGGCUACGUGAUGAUCUGCUACGGCGUGGUGAACUCGGUGUCGGCGGUGGGCGCCGGCUGGCUGGUGAAGCUGACGGGGCGGAUGCCCGUGGUGGUGGGCGCCACCAUCCUGCACGCGGGGCUCCUGGUGACGCUGCUCCUGUGGCGGCCGCACUCCGACGACCGCGUCACCUACUUCCAUAAGGAAAACAAAAUGGCUAUGUGCGGAAUCUUAUUCCCUGGCGAGGAAGAAGCAGCGUUCAGCAACUUCCGUCUGUGGGAGAGUCUGGGCUACAUCGUUGCGUACGCGUACAGUGCGUACAUUAUCACCUACGCUAAAAUUUACGUGCUUCUGGUCUUCCUGGCGGCGGGUGUUGGCCUGUAUGUGGUGAUCGAAAUAUCCGAGAAGAAACGAUUGGCGAAGGUGUCGCCAUAGAGACUUUUCAGAGGCGCUGCGGUGCCUAACCUAAUGAUUCAUACAGAAUGAGUCACGCGAUUUUCAAACGAAAAUUACGUGUCUUGGUCGAUGACAUGGAGGAAUUUUGAAUUAUCUAAAUAAUUCUCUUCCAUUUCAUUUAGUUGUUGUGAGAGAAUAUCGUGUCAUCGUUCUCUAGAAUGGAGACUACAUAAGAAUUCUAAAGACGGCAGGCUAUCUACGUCUCUAAUAGUCAAGAUCUGCCACAAACCUAUCAUAGGUUUACAGGUUCAUGGGAAAGAAUACUGGAGAACAUAUCAGGGUGAGACACCAAAAGAAUAAUGAAGUUUUCACUUCACAUCAUUGCAGCAAUAUAACAAUGGGUUGCUAAUCAUAUCAAUGCAGUAAUAUUCACGUUCAUUAUGCCGUUCAUAGUUCAUUUAUUAUUAAUUGAGGUAACUCUCACGUGAAAGCCAUUGCAUUGAAGUCUAAGGAAAGUAAGUGUUGAUGAGUUGUUAAUGAUAGUUGGAAGCUGGCUUUUUGUUUAAAAAGCAAAUACACAAAAAUGAAAAUCGAAACAUUUAGUUGUGAUUCACUGAUAUGUGUAUUUUUUAAACUGUCAGUACCUGCAAAUGUUAAUGAAUAGACAUAAAUAAUCUUAAUUUAAAUAUCUAUUCUUAAUUAUUGAUUUUAUGACCUUUUGAGAAAUAUUUUUGCAUAGUCCACUGUUGUACUUUCAAAGUGUCCUCGGAAUAUGUUAACAACCCAUGAGAAAAUAGAAUACGUUGAUCAAUAGGUUAAUAAAAGUGCAGUAAUAUUGUCAAUGCAAUACGAAAAAUUAUUUUUACAUAAUAAAAAUCAAUAAAUUUCUAGGAAGAGUGUCAACAUUUUUUAAUAUGUAUUUUAUAUUAUUUAAAGUUUCGAAUUACGUAUUGUUUAUCACAAACCAAUCAUUUUGAGCAUGUCCGUUCUCAAAGUUGCAGUAAACACCCAUUGUAAUGUAAAAGCAAAAUUGUAGUAUUGAAGAACAUUAGAAUAUUACAUUUUUAAAUUAAUACGAAAACAAUCCUUUUUGUCGAACGUUUUGUAGAACUUCGUGCACCUACGAAUUGAACUCUUUAAUGAUGAAAUUUUAAUAUUGUGAUAAUCAGCAAAUAUACUAUUUGCGCAUGUUUGGUGAGCUACGAAAUCUCAUCCCCCUUUUUAAUACAUAAGUGAAUUAUUAAUAAAAUACAGCAACGAUGUUUCUUAACAAUAUCUGAUCGUGAGAAAUUUCGGACUCUAACGGACACAAAGUGCAUCGGCAAACGAGCCACAGAUUUGAUUCAUUGGUACCCUCCCCCACAUCUGACGCGUCUAACAAUAUUUGAGCACAAGAAGAAGUGUGCAAAUAGUACUCUAACUUUCGCCUGAAUGUAAAUAACUUCAAUAAAUAUUACAUAUUUUCUGUUGGUUACAUUUUCAGAUAUUAACUUUUCAGCUCCUAAGAGACACCACCUGUGGCUCCCUCAUAUAAUCCACCUUCUCUGUAACGCGACAAUGUGUGCAGUUGCCAAACUGCAAUAACAGUAAAAAAAUCAGGGCCAAUUUUGAAAAAUACAUGAAUGUAUAUAAAAUACCCAUAAAAUAUGAAGAACACCUAUGUAAUUAUAAACACUAUUGUACUUUUCGCAAAUUAUGUAUCAUAACAAGGUUACAACAAGGUAAUCAACCAGCUUCAGAAGAAUAUUAUCAUAAACAACAUACACACACACACACACACAAUUACACAGUCAUGUUUAUCGAU